AUGAAGCUCCAGGUAGGCCUGGCGCUAACGGCGCUCACGAGCGUUGCUCUGGCCGCAUACGAACCCGCACAAGUCUACCUCAUUCGCAAACAAUCACAGAGCAACAGUGCACCCAGCAUAUCACGACAGACCACUCGACAAAUACUGCUGCAGAGGCUAGGUGCCAACCAGAGCGGCUUCCUGCGAGAGAUUCCAGAUGGCAAGGACCAAGAGGAAGCCAUCUCGUACAUCAACGAGCUUGGCAAGACGACAGCCUCCCUGUUCAGCCAGACGCCCUCUAGCGAACCCGCACAGCUUGUCCUUAUGAUUGAAGGACUCGGCAAGAAGGAGCUUGAGGACUUUGAGAAUUCGAUACGAUCACAUAAGAGGGGGAGAACCUUUGUGGUGGACAAGCCACCAUCAGCUUCCGCCAACUCGUAUCUGUUCGAGCAAGAUCUCGUCGCUGCUGGUGUCAAGCCGAGUGGUUGCAAGCUUGAGGCCGCUUUCAACCCCUAUGCGCCGACAUGCUGGGACAACAAUGUCUUCGUCGAGAAGUACGACUUGAAGAAGGUCGGUUUGCUCUUUUCAUUAACAUCCCCCUCAGACCUUGACACCCUCGUCGAGAACAUCCCGAGUCUCUUCAAGCUCGCCAAUAACGGUGACAUGGAGGCCAUGCUCGUCAUGAUGCCCGAGUCCAGCCGCUCCUCCUCGGUGAAGCAGUGGAGCUCGAACCCCAUCCUCCACCGACGUGCCUUGCGCGACGCCGAGACCGUGAUCGCCGAGGACACCCCAGAGGAGUCGACCCAGGCCGUCACGCCCGGCGAGAAGCUCGGGGCGCAGGUCUGGGCGGCCGCGCCAAAGGGCCACAUCCCGGCCUGCUUCCAGUCCUUCAACUCGUGCGACACGCAGACCAACAGCUGCAGCGGUCACGGAAAGUGUGUUGACAAGUACUCUCGAGGCGAUGCUUCCGAGAAGCGUGCCGACGGCGCGGCUGCCUGCUGGGUUUGCAAGUGCCUUGCUACAGAGGAGCACAACGACGGCAAGGUCAGCAAGGGCCGCAAGACGACGCACUGGGGCGGCAACAUCUGCCAGAAGAAGGACGUCAGCGUCCCCUUCUUCAUGUUUGCCGGCUUCACCAUCGCCUUUGUGGGCGUCAUCACCUUCACGAUCAGCAUGCUCUUCAACGUGGGAGAGGAGAAGCUACCAGGCGUGAUUGGUGCCGGAGUGAGCAGGAACAAGUAA